AUAUGCAGCUGGAGGAAAUAUGAGUACCGGCAUUUGUUGCUACAAGAACUUGAUAUUAUUAGAUAAGAAAUUAUGGACAAGAACUACUUCGUAGAGACUUGAUUUUUCGUGCCUCGAAUGACUUUUCUCUAGUAGUACACUUCAUCGAACCUUGGACGUCGUGGUAGUCAAACUUCCUUCUUGUUUUCCUCCUUCACGCUUACAGUUAUAUAAAUAUACAUCACCAACGCAUGAUUAGGUGCCGUUCCCGACACAUCGGCUGGCGCUCAGACCCCAGCCGAUCCAGGAAGCCAGACUUCUCAUGGCCACCAAGUGGCGACUGCCGUUGCGCUUGAUAAUCAGCUGUACAACACGAGCACCACUGUGGGCAACAUGGGAACUUCCACCGCUUUGGCGACACCCGGUGGCCAACUCCUUGUCG